UCUGAUGUAUUACAAUUAUUUACGAAUUAAAAAUAAUUAAAUUAAUUUAUUAUUACUAUUUCAUGUAGAAAUCGUGAUUGGGUGAUUGUGAUUAUAUUGACAAACACUAUUGUAUAGAUCCUUUUUAAUACACUGUACUUAAUUAGUCACAAUUGAAACCACUAUGAACCCCAUUACAUGUCAUACAAUAAAGAUGGAACAGUUUUGAUUGAGCAUUUAAACACUUUGUUAUAGUUGCCGGCAAAUAAAUGAAGACCGCUUCCAAGUCAGGCCUAACUAUGAGGAAAUAUUACCAGCUGAUUCUUAUUAUUGUUUGUUUUGUGAGUAUCGUGACGCUCCUCAUCUACCGGCACGAAUACUACAGAUUGCGGUAUGUACUUGAGGUCCUAAACUUUUUCGGUAAACCCGGCCUUUCCGAGAUCGAGUUUUGCGGGCCGGGUUUCAAUGCUACCAUGCUGUCAGAAAUACUGCGCAACUCUUCUAUGGAAGUGCGAGAAACCCCACCGUUAUUCCAAGAAAUAGAUGAUAGCUUCUAUUCAUACUCCUCCUUUCUGAGAUCAUACCAGAAAUAUGAGAAACUAACACAAACUCAUGCACAUUACAUAGAUACGAUUGUUAUUGGCAAAGUGAAUGUACAACCAAAUUUUAGAUGCAAUAUUUGGCUGGAGAAUGUGUCCAAACCCAAAGCAGGAAGAUUCACUUUCAAAGUCAUUUCGGAGCCAAUCAACACAUAUCAGCUUUAUAUAUUCCAUUGUUCUCUUAAUAAAAACUUAGGUAAGCCUAAAGGCGUAAGUUUUUAUAUGAACAAUUAUAAUAUAAAUCCAAUUCAUGCACCAAUUAAUAGAAUUAUUGAAAUCAAUACCAAGCGCAAGCCGCGAGAAAGGAACAGUAUCCGAUUUGUCAAUAACAUUGAGCCAGCUAUUUGUGUAAUACCUAAUGAGGUGCCAAUAGUGUCCCGUGAUUCUUUUAUAGAGUUCCUUGUAUUUCAUCACAUGAUGGGAGUAAAUGAAUUUACUAUUUAUGAUAGCAUGAUAUCUGAAGAUAUUAUUAGAAGAUUAAAUUUGUUACCAGCAGAUAUCACUCAAUGGAGCAUACAAUUCUUUCCACUGAACUAUCCAUUUGUGUUUGCAAAGUCAUAUGAGAUUGUGCGUAAUGCAAUAGAGUUGGACUGUCUGUUUAGACACUUUCGUUUUGAUAAAGAUGAAUCAAAUAAAGCUAGUCAUGCUAUGGUAAUGUCUUGGGAUGAAUUUUUGGUGCCCCGUGUUCAUACUAAUGUUAAAGCUAUUCUUGAUGAUUUUGAUCCAACAAGGAAAACACGGACAAUUGAAGUCAAACCUCUGUUGUUCUGUUUGAAUCAAGAAGAUGAUGAUACUGCUGAGAUAGGAUAUCCAACCAUUAUGAAGAAAACUCAUUACUACAUGUUACCUCAAAACCUAAAGGCUGUAUAUAUUCGAAAUUUGGACUCAAUGACUUCUUAUGAUGAUAUUUUUGACCUAAAUGCUAGUAGUAAAAUUGUGCCAUUAGAUAUACUAGGAGUUCAUAAGUACACAGAAUGUAGGGAUCCAAAGACCUACCUUCCCAAUGGUGCUGGAUACAAUGAAACACAGAUGCAGGUAUUUCAACAUAAGUUUGAAGGUGCAAUGUUGAAGUUUGGUCAGAGCUUAGUAAGCAAUAAGGUAUAUAGGUUGUAUACAUCAGGACAGAUAUGGGAAAAGUCUUCUAAUGAUAAUUUAAGAGAUAUGUUGUAAACUUGUAUUGUAUAAGGUGCUACCAAAUUAUAUGCAUAUAAAUGUAUAUUAAUUGGUCCUAAUGUUUUUAGAAAAGUAUGAUAUGAACUGGAGAUAUACUAUGACACAAUUCUGAAGUGUUAAAGCCAAACAACUAUUUUAGAUGUAAUAUUUAGGGUAUGGAUGAUGUUUCAUUUGGGUGCUAGUCAGUAUUAAAUUUUUUACAGACAAGUAAUUUUUUUAAAGAAUUCAGAAACAAUCCAACAUAAC